AUGGGUGCUGCCCCUACAUCACCAAAGACUGAACCUGAGGAGGUAAAGUCAGAUGCUGAAGUUGUGGUCCCAGAGCAUUCAGAGGAACUUCCAAAAGAUGAGCCCACAGUUUUGAAGAAGCCUGCAAAGGCUAAGCCUGCACCCAAGCCAAAACCAAAGAGCAAGGGUGCACCUACAAAGAAACCUGCAGGUCGAUCAGAUGGGCCACCCAAGCCCGCAAAGACAAAGAGUUCUAUCAUGGACCAGGCCAAGGCUUGGAAGCAGGGGCUUGCCUCAAAAGAUGAUGAGGCAACUGGAGAAGAAGAGCCAGAAGAAGAGGGCGGUUUGAAUGUCAGCGAUGAAGAAAGUGAUGGUGAAUACAGGGACAAAGGGAAAGGUCAGAAGUGGAAGAAGAUGUGUGAUCAGAAUGCCAUUCCCAGCCAUAUUCUUGAGAUGUUCCACAAGGAGAGCAAGAAGCAGAAGGAUCCCAGGAAGUGGAAAACUCAGAUUAUAAACAAGCUCUUCAAGAAGAAUCCUGUGACCAAGAAGUAUGACAUGGUGGCUGACCAGCCAUGGUUCAACAACUUCAGGGAGGCUUCGACAACAGACUUUGGAGUUGACCAGACCAAAGGUGAGCCAAAGUCUGUGUUUCUCCAUUCCAAAUUUCAUGGCAAUGAGGAAGGCCCGAGGCAGGCCAUAGCCAUGGGUGAUGUGCAAGAGUGGGAGGCUGAUGGAACCAUUUGGCGCUCCUACAGGUCUACAAAGGCUGGCACAAAGAAAAAGAAUGAGGAGAAGCAACAGGUUGGAGGAGGACAGGUUGCAAUCAGCACUGAACAGCACAAAGCUUUGACAGGAGCCUUCAAAAGCAUGUGCUGGACUUUCUCAGGCUCCCAAACUGAGAGGCCAUCUUCUCUGCCUUCAUCCAGCGCCUACCCAGUGAAAAAGCAGAAGGCAAUCGAAAAUUGUGGGCUGAAUCCAGAAAUGAAAAAGAUGUUGACAGAGGCCAAGGAGGCCAAUGAAAGGAUGCUGAACUCAGCCUUGAAGCUGUUGACAAAUUGCCCAGACCAACAGAAGACCACAUUGAAGGGCAUCAUUGUUGAAAUCAAAGACACACUGCAGAAUGCAGAGCACAUCCUCUUGUUUGAGGACAAUCACAAACCUGAGACAAAAGAUGGAGAAACAAUCACCAGGAAGACCUUUGAGGCCUUCAUGAAUGAGAUUGGUGAUGCAAGCAUCAAGGCCCAGGAGGACUUGGAAGCCUGCAAG